CUUUUUUCGAAAAUAUCAAAAAUAGACCACGAUCAAUGAGAUGAUGAUGUACUUCCUGAAGCGAAGUACAACGAGUGGUUUACUAUGACAGGAACUAUAAAGUGUUCAAUAUUUGUUUAGAUGACAUCCAAACUGCAAAAAUAUGUAUAUGCGAUUAGUAGGGAUUUGUCUGGUAGCGAGAAUCAUAACAACAUUCGCUUUCCAUCAGAACUACACUGUACCAAGAAACUAUGGUCCACUAUCAAAAAUAGUUAUAAAGGAAGAAAGAAGAAGUUUAUACAUAGGAGGAAAAAAUACUCUUUUCCACUUUAACUUUGACUUAAGUUUGCAAAAACAGGAUAUAAUUGGCCCUGUCAACGACAGUAAACAGUGUAAUCCUUUUGAUAAUUCUUGUAUAUACAUGAGAUACCAAACAGUCAAUAACCAUAUAAGUAUACUGAAGUCAUUCCGAAACUCCCUGAUCGUCUGUGGAACAGCGCGCCAAGGUAUCUGUUACAUGUACGAUUCAUCUGAUAUCAAUCUUAAACGUAAUUUUGGAGAAAUCAGGAAGAAUUAUCUUGGAAGUGAAAAUUCAUCCGUCAUGCUCAUCACAAAAGACACACAUGGUACUGAUAUUUUUUUCAUUGGUCAAAGUUAUGAUGGCAGAAAAGCAGAUUACUUUUACAAUGAGUUUGCAACUCUUGAUAUUUCUAAUACAACUAACCAUGAUUGGAACUUUGAUCAUUAUUCGGCUUGGAGUUAUCUCUCAGUAUGUGAUACCAAACGCGAAAACUUUAAGUUGAAGUUUCUGCAUAUAUUUGAAGCUGACAAAUACAUCUUUCAUGUUUUUAUUCGAUCAAUAAGGGAUUCAGGAAGAAUUUCAUAUGAAACAAGAAUAUCAAAAUUGUGCAAAGCAAACCACGAUUACGGUUCUUAUGAGGAAAUGGCAAUUUCGUGUAAAACUCCUACAAAGUAUGACAUUGGAAUAGCAGCUCACUACGACAACGCGCAAGAACAACUAUAUAUGACCUUUGGUAUAAGGGCAUACCAUGUUGACAACAUUCAGGCCGACAAUACUCAAGGUUCAGUCAUUUGUGUCUUUAGGAUUGAUGAAAUGAUUAGGAAGUUUGCAAGUGAAGUGUUGACAAAAUGUUUUAAAGGAACACCAACAUGGGGGACCCCAUCAUGGCACUGCAAUUCUACUCAAUGCGCAGCUGCUUCUAAGGGCGAAGUUGUAACAUCGUGUUCACAGAGGAUAAUGGAAUAUGGAAUCGAGGCUCGUGGUGACGGAUUCAGUAAUACAUGCAUUUAUCAUAUUGACAAUGAAUUGUUAACCUCUAUUCUGCCAUGGAGGAAAAGUUCUGCGGACAUUAUCCUUGCUGGAAGUAAUACUGGAUUUUUAAGAAAGAUACUGGUUACCUCGACACGGGGUAGAUCGUAUGUCAAAUUUGACGUUAGUGGUGACAGAAAUGUUCCAGUUGCUAAUGAAAUGGUUCUAGAUACACACAGUAAUAUCUAUCUUUUAACAGGAAACAGGGUCACAAAAUUGUCAAUGACGUCAUGUCAACUGCACAAGACGUGUGGAGAAUGUGUAACCAGUCAUGAUCCACUUGGAUGCGGAUGGUGUUUCGAUCAUUGUUCUACAAAAACAAAAUGUCAACACAAUAUAUGGCAUACUGAUUCAUGUCCGCCAUUUGUUCUGGGUAUAAGCCCAGCGAAUGGACCACUGGAAGGAUCAACAAAAUUAACAAUUGCAGGAGAGAACUUCGGUUCGAUGAUAAACAAUGCUACUGUAUCUAUUGGAGCUGCAUCAUGUUUGAUCCAGAAUAUUAAUGAUACAAGAAUAACUUGUCUGACAAGUAGUGUAGAAUUUGCUGUCCUUGCAGCUGCUGUAAAAGUUAGCGUGACUGAUUCGACCUCCAAAACCUACAAAAUUCAUGGAAUAUCAGAACAAAUGGACAUAUUAUUUGAAUAUACGAAAUCUAGUAUUAUGAGUAUCUUUCCUAUGAAGGGACCAUUAUUCGGCAAUACAAUGAUAACCAUCUCGGGCGAAAAGUUUGAAAUUGGCUCCAACCUGUCCGUGAAGAUUGGUCAGAUGCUGUGUGAUAUUCAAUCGAAAAAUAACACAGAAAUUGUCUGCCUCACACAGUCUUGUGAAACAUGUGUACAAUCGUUUGAAGGAGAAAAUCGUGAAAUGUCUCUGUGUAGUUACAGUGGCGAUAUUGUAGUAUCAAUUGAUGGCGCAUCAUAUCAGCCUUUAGAAAACAAGACAUUUUGUUAUAUGCCAAACCCAGAGGUUUUUCAGCUUCAUUCACGAAACAGUACUAUUAUAAGUGGAGGUUUAAACAUUGAAAUUAAUGGGAACUGGUUUGAUUCUGUAACCAACCACGGUAUAUUAAUAAGUGUGGGUGACGUUCGUAUUGAUUCGCCAUGUAUAAUGAUAAUUUUCGGAACAGUGUUAUCGUGUUCUACUCCUGAUUUGAAAUUCAAAUUGAACAAAACUUCAGAGGUUAUAGAGGGCCAAAUGAGUGUAAUGUUAGAUAACAAUCCAGUCAAGUCAACAAAACUCAUGAUUUAUCCUGACCCAGAAUUAGACUACCUAGAUAUAGACACUCAACUAAAAGAUAUUGAAAUGAACGACAAACUUUUACAACUGAAGGGACGAUAUCUGAAUUCUGCAGCACGAAAAGAAGAUUAUAAAAUAAAAAUAAAUGGAUCGAGUUGUCCUGUUAUGGAUCUCCAUCAAACGUAUCUGAUAUGUAACCUUUCUAACACAGUUCAUAUCAAAGAUGUGCCAUUACGUGUUGAGGUAUCUGUAGGUCAUAACUGGAAGACGAUUUUAGGGAAUAUGAGGUUUUCCCAUGUAGAAUAUCAUAAGAACCAAACAAUACAUGUCCAACUUGCAGCAAUUUGUUUGGGGAUUUUUGCUGUUUUGAUUUUAUGUAUUGUAUUUGUCAUGCGGAAGAAACACUUAGGAGUGUUUAGAAAGAAAGCACCUGAAGAGUUUUCUGUUGUGUACCUCAAUAGCACAGAAACAAGAGGCCUCAUGGAUCCACCAACGGAUACAGGAAAUUCAUCUACCGAGCAAGGAAUGCCUAGGUAUGUCAAACAGAAUAAAAAAGAAAGCGUUUCAGAGCUGGUUGGUGAAGGUGCUACCUGGGACCCUAAGCCAGGUUUUGACGCUAUUGAAAUUGUUGACAUGCUGAAGCAGCAAAAUAUAUUUAUUGAACGCGAUUUGGUUAGACUUGGGCAAGAUAUUGGCCAUGGAAAUUUUGGAUGUGUAUACCAGGGGUAUUUGAGAUCAAUGGAAGAAAGGGAUGAACAACUUGUUGCCGUCAAAACUGUUCUUAAAACAGAAGUACAGGACAUAAACGCAAUCCUUGAUGAAGCUAUGAUCAUGAAAGAUUUCAAUCAUGCAAAUGUGCUGUCACUGAUUGGUAUUUCUGUUGCCCCUGGUGAAUUCCCGUUGGUUAUCAUUCCGUUCAUGUCAAAUGGGGAUCUACUUUCUUAUAUUCGUAGCGCUGACAAUAAGCCAACAAUUAAAGAUUUGGUAAAAUUUGGACUCGAUGUUGCUAAGGGUAUGGAAUAUCUUGGCAGUAUCAAAUUUGUUCACAGAGAUUUAGCAGCCAGAAACUGCAUGAUGGACGAGAACCUUAAAGUGAAAGUGGCAGACUUUGGAUUGGCUAGAGAUAUCUAUACCAAAAACUACUAUAGCAGUGACAAUAAGAAAAUGUUACCAGUAAAAUGGAUGGCACCUGAGAGUUUAGAAAAUGGGACCUAUAGUACAAAAUCAGAUGUUUGGUCGUUCGGGGUUGUUAUGUGGGAACUAAUGACCAGAGGUUCUGCACCGUAUUCCGACGUAAACAACUGGGAUAUGCAUAAAUAUUUACAGUCUGGCAGGCGCCUAAAAAGAACGGAUUUCUGCCCACCACCAUUAUAUGACAUUAUGAUGACAUGUUGGGAAUUCGACCCAGACGACAGACCAACGUUUCUCGAUGUAAAUCUGAGGAUCACUGGAUUAGUAGAACAGGAAAAAUAGUAGCAAGAAAUUUGGUUUGAUAUUAUGUUGACGGUUAUUGGUACGUCAUUUUAUUCAUAGAUCAGUGUUGAUUACAAACUCCUUUCAUUUUUAAAACCAAAUGAGAGAGAGAGAAUAUGCCCACCCAUCCAGCUAUACACGUGACAGAUGAAUCGUUGGUGUUUUAAAAAUGGGAUAAAUCUGUUUGAUAAAUACAUUUGGAACUAAAUCAGAAUCGUAUUAUAUUAAGAUUUAUUCAGAAAAGUACAUUCGUAAAUAGAUCUUUAUAUAUAUGAUUUAAUAUGAAAAAAAGUCGUUUUCUGUUGAAUGCAAAAUUGGUGAUAGACAUAAGUUAUACAACUAUCUGCCAAAUAAACAUGUCUAAGCAUUUUGUUUUUCUCUCAAGUUACAUUAACUAUUUUAUUUGAUUUUUAUUACAUCAAAUAUCACUUGAUUAAUUUUGUAUUAUUUAUUUAUUUUAUUUUGUUUUACUAAUGUUUGUAACCUUUUUGAAUGUGUGCUCAUAUGUUUAAGUGCUUACAUUUAUAAUUAUUUUAUGUAUACUCAAUUUUUUUGAUUGAUUUUUGUAUUUUGAUUAUAAAUGAAAAUAAAUAUUUUUGCUGUUUCAUCAAUAUGUAGCUUGCUGUUCGGUGUGAGCCAAGGUAGUCGUUGAAGAAAUUGUACCUUGACUUAUAAUGGUUAAGUUUUAUAAUUUGUGAUGUGAAUUUGUCUCUAUGGCACUCAUACCACAUCUUCUAUGUAUUAUGUAUUAUACUUUAUAUGAAAGUUUCUCGAUUUUAUUCAAUGCAAUAUUGGGGAUAGACAUGAGUUACACAGCUAUUUACCAAAUAUACAUGUCUAGGUUUUUUUUUUACAUUUAUUGGUUGCUGUCAAGUUACCUAUACUAUGGUAUGUUUUUUUUUAUUACAUUUUAUAUCACUUUAUUAUUUUUUCACUAUGAUUUUUUGAAAAUUUUUGAUUUCUAAUUAACUGUUAUUUGUAAAUCUUUUUGAAGGUGUGCUAAUGCGUUUAGUUUUAACUGAUUAACUUUUUUAUAUAUGCUCAAUUUUUCUUUGAUUUAUUUGCAUGCCUGUAUAUUUUGAUUAUAUUUUUGUAAAUAAAUUUAUAUUUAA